ACAUGUCGAAUACAUGAUUGCCACAUGAAAUUUUGUGAAAAAAAAGUCGGCCUUUUUGAGGAAGUUCAAAAUGGCAGGAGAUCAGGCGCAGUUUUUCCAAUUACUAAAUACUUUAUUAUCAUCAGACAAUGACAUCCGAUCCCAAGCAGAAGAAGCAUACAACAACAUCCCGACAGAAACAAAAGUGGUGCACCUAGUGGGGGCGGUGCAGAAUGUGGAACUGGGGGAGGAGGGUCGUGCCACAGCGGCGGUGCUGCUGCGCCGGCUGCUCAGCUCUGAGUUCUUUGAGUUCUUUCCAAAGCUGCCUUUUGAGCAGCAGGCUAUGCUACGAGAACAACUGCUGCUCACACUACAGAUGGAUGUCAGCCAACAACUGCGCCGCAAGAUCUGCGACGUGGUGUCUGAGCUGGCGAGGAAUCACAUCGACGACGACGGCGUGAACCAGUGGCCCGAGUUCCUGCAGUUCAUGUUCAACUGCGCCAACUCGCAGGACCCCAACAUGAAGGAGGCCGGCAUUCGCAUGUUUACAUCGGUCCCAGGGGUAUUCGGCAACCAGCAGAACCAGAAUCUGGACGUAAUCAAGCGCAUGUUACUCUCGGCGCUGCAGCCGACCGAGUCGCAGGCGCUGCGCGUGCAGGCCGUCAAGGCGGUGAGCUCGUUCAUCCUGCUGCACGACAAGCAGCCCGCCAUCCAGAAGCACUUCCAGGAAGUACUGCUGCCGCUUGUACAGGUGGUGGUUCAGACCAUUGAAGAGGCGGACGACGACUCCGCCCUGAAAGUGCUGAUCGAGCUUGCUGAGUCUACUCCGAAAUUCCUGCGCCUGCAGCUGGAGAACAUCUUCCAAGUCUGCAUUAAGGUGAUAGCUGACACAGACGCUGAAGACAACUGGCGUCAGUUGGCGCUCGAAUGCUUGGUGACGCUGUGCGAGACUGCGCCGGCUAUGGUGCGGCGUCAGGCGGCCAACGCCAUCCGGCUGCUGACGCCGCUGGUGCUCGAGAUGAUGUGCGAACUCGACGACGAGCCUGACUGGGCCGUGCAGGAUGAUACCGCUGACGAGGAUAAUGAGAACAACUACGUGGCAGCGGAAUCAGCUCUCGACCGUAUGUGCUGUGGGCUCGGCGGCAAGAUCAUGCUGGGCCUGAUCGUGGGCCAGGUGCCGGAGAUGCUCAACUCGGAGGACUGGCGGCGGCGGCACGCGGCGCUCAUGGCCGUGUCCUCGGCCGGCGAGGGCUGCCACAAGCAAAUGGAGUCCAUGCUCGACCAAGUAGUCUCUGCUGUGCUCAACUACCUUACUGACCCGCAUCCUCGCGUCCGCUUCGCCGCGUGUAACGCUAUCGGUCAGAUGUCGACGGACUUCGCGCCCAUCUUCGAGAAGAAGUUCCACGACAAGGUGGUCCCCGGCCUUCUCAUGGUGCUCGACGACAAUGCCAAUCCCCGCGUGCAGGCUCACGCGGCUGCUGCUUUGGUGAACUUCAGUGAAGAUUGUCCUAAACCUAUUCUGACACAAUAUCUCGAUCCAUUGAUGGCGAAGCUUGAAGCUAUUUUGACCACUAAAUUCAAAGAGUUGGUGGAGCGCGGCACGAAGCUGGUGCUGGAGCAGAUAGUGACGACGAUCGCGUCCGUAGCGGACACGGUGGAGCAGGACUUCGUGGUGUACUACGACCGGCUGCUGCCCUGCCUCAAGUACAUCAUCGCCAACGCCAACACCGAGGAGCUCAAGAUGCUCCGCGGCAAGACCAUCGAGUGCGUCAGUCUUAUUGGCCUGGCGGUCGGCUCAGAGAAGUUCGUGGACGACGCCAUCGAAGUAAUGGGGCUGCUGAUCGGACACAUGAAGGGCGAAGGCCUGCCCGCCGACGAUCCUCAGACCUCUUAUCUCAUCUCCGCUUGGUCCCGCUUCUGCAGGAUUCUUGGCAAGCGUUUCGCGCAGUUCCUGCCGAUGGUGAUGGAGCCGGUGAUGCGCACGGCGGCGAUGAAGCCCGAGGUGGCGCUGCUGGACAACGACGACCUCGAGACCAUCGAGGGAGACCUCGACUGGCACUUCGUCACACUCGGCGAACAACAGAACUUCGGCAUCAAGACUGCCGGUUUGGAGGACAAAGCCUCUGCUUGCGACAUGCUUGUCUGCUACGCGCGCGAGCUGAAGGAGGACUUCGCCGAAUACGUAGAGGACGUGGUGAAACUGAUGGUGCCGAUGCUCAGGUUCUAUUUCCACGACGGUGUGCGCACGUCCGCCGCCGAGUCGCUGCCAUACCUGCUGGAGUGCGGCCGCGCGCGCGGACCGCAGUUUGUGCAGGGCAUGUGGGCGUACAUCCUGCCCGAGUUGCUCAAAGCUAUCGACUCCGAGCCCGAGCAAGAAGUGCAAGUUGAAUUGCUCAACAGCCUCGCUAAGUGUAUCGAGUUGCUGGGCGCAGGCUGCUUGCCCGACGAGAUGAUGACUGAGGUGUUGCGUAUUCUUAACAAGCUGCUCACCGAGCACUUCGAGCGCGCCACAGAGAGACACCAAAAGCGCAACGACGAGGAUUACGAUGAGGUGGUAGAAGAAAAACUGGUAGACGAGGACAACGAAGACGUGUACGGGCUAUCCCGCGUGGCGGACGUGCUUCACGCUCUCAUGUCUACAUACCGCGAGACAUUCUUCCCGCACCUGGACACGGUGCUGCCACACCUCGUCGCGCUGCUCGCCCCCAACCGCCCCUACGCCGACCGCCAGUGGGCCAUCUGCAUCUUCGACGACGUUAUUGAGUUUGGAGGACCGGCAUGCGUGAAAUACCAGGACAUAUUCCUCGAGCCGAUGCUGAACGGGCUGAGCGCUCCCGAGGCGGAGGUACGGCAGGCGGCGGCGUACGGCUGCGGCGUGCUGGCACAGUUCGGCGGCGCGCAGUUCGCGGCUGCCUGCGCGCGCGCCGUGCCGCUGCUGGCGGCGCUGCUGGCCGCACCCGACGCUCGCGCCGACCACAACCUCAACGCCACUGAGAACGCCAUCUCCGCCGUAGCUAAGAUCAUCAAAUACAACCACUCGCAGAUCAACAGGGACGAGAUCAUCAGGCACUGGCUGACGUGGCUGCCGGUGGUCGAAGACACUGAGGAAGCGCCGCAUGUGUACUCGCUGCUGUGCGAGCUGGCGGCGGGCGGGCACCCGGCGCUGCAGACUCCGGACGCGCCGCAGCGGGUCAUCGCCACGCUCGCAGAGGCCUUCCUGCGCGACGCCGUGCCCAAGGAUAACGCCGUCUACGCGCAAAUGGUCGCACUCGUCCGCCAGAUACAGAGCAAUGCGGAACUGUUCAACCAGUGCCUCAUGCAGCUGAGCAAUGAACACAAGGAGGCGCUGCAGACGGCGCUAUCGACGUAGUGGCGCAGCCCCCGCCGCCCGCUCCCGCCCCGCGACUUCUCUACCACCACUGUGUAUAUCAAAUAUUCUAUGUAAUACCGAUACAAUAAAUACAUUUCUCUUGCACAGGUUUGUGUCAUCCUAUACAUGGUAAAAAACUACGUUCGAUAAACGACUGAAUAGCAAAUUCUAAAUGAGAAUAAACUCAUCACUUCGUUCCUUUUCGAGGAUUAUUUCCAUCGAUCUCAUUGUCGAUUCGAGUAUCCGUUGGGCUAAUUAAAAUUGCUGUGAUAUAUUUUUAUACUAAUUUUUGAUUUUAAUUUCAUGCUUUAUAAGCACUCUUUAACCAUUAUUAUGUCGAUUUCGAAACUUUUAAUGUUUUUUUUCUUAUGUCGACGUUGUAUAAUAAAAUAAGCAAUUCAAUGUAACUGGGAUGGUUCAAUUUCUCUAAUUUAGCGUUAGCCCGGGAGACUUGCUUGCUUAUCCUCCUUUUGCAUUUACGUAGUAGGAAACUGGAUCUAUCGAGAUCUGUCUCCUAUACGUAGGCAAUUAUUUAUUUGUUGUUCUAAAAGUUAAUUACCCAUCGGGGUAUGUAAACAAAACUGUAUAUCUGUAUUAUUGUAUCUUUGUUGAUAAUAAAAUGUUCGGCAGCUGUAAGAAAGGAGAUUUUGCAUUUAAUGAAUUGCUAGAGCCGUAUUAGAAAGAUUGAGUCAUCUCUUUUGUUAUGGUUUGCCAUAUUUCGGCUACGACGGGAACUUGGUGGCUGUUUCUCGCAAUGGACGAGAUGUCGUGUCUGUUUAUAAGAAAUAAUUUUAUUCCGUAAUAUAUAUAAUAUUAUUAUUAUAUAUACAUUUCUUUGUUUAACUAAAAUAAAAGUUAUUGACAUUUAAA